AAGCAGAGGGGUCCGCUCCGCUCUCCACUUUCCAGGCCGACCUACAAGCUUUCAUUAUAUAAUUCCAUUCCCUAAUCCCUAGCGCUUAAUCUAGCCUUCGAUUUUACAGAGAGAAAACAGAGAGAUGAAGCUUUCGAUUUCCAUUUUGGUUCUUCUUCUACCUCUUGUGCUUCUAGCAGAAGCAGAUGAUGGGUUUGUAAGAACCAGAGGACAGCAAUUGAUUCUGAAUGGAACUCCAUUUUACGCCAAUGGGUUCAAUGCCUAUUGGCUAAUGUACUUCGCUUCAGACCCAUCACAGAGAACCAAAGUCUCCUCUGCUUUUCAACAAGCCGUCAAUCACGGCCUCUCCAUUGGAAGAACUUGGGCCUUCAGCGAUGGUGGAUACAGCCCUUUACAGUACUCUCCAGGCCAAUACAAUGAGAAAAUGUUCCAGGGAUUGGAUUUUGUGGUAUCGGAAGCAAGGAAAUAUGGGAUUAAAUUGAUAUUGAGUUUGGUGAACAAUUAUGAAAGUAUGGGAGGGAAAAAACAGUAUGUGGAGUGGGCAAGAAGCCAGGGCCAGUCUAUUUCUUCUGAGGAUGAUUUCUUCAGUAAUCCUGUUGUGAAAGGGUUCUACAAGAACCAUAUUAAGAGCGUUUUGACAAGAAUCAACAGCAUCACUGGAGUAGCUUAUAAGGAUGAUCCAACUAUAAUGGCUUGGGAACUCAUGAAUGAGGCCAGAUGCCCUUCAGAUCCUUCAGGAAACACCAUUCAGGCAUGGAUUAGAGAAAUGGCAUCAUACUUGAAAUCAAUAGAUGGGAAACACCUAUUAGAAGCUGGUUUAGAAGGUUUCUAUGGACAAUCAAGGUAUCAAUGGAAUACAAACUUUCAAGUGGGAACAGACUUCAUUGCAAACAAUCAGAUACCUGAACUUGAUUUUGCUACAGUCCACUCAUAUCCUGACCAAUGGUUAUCUGGUUCUAGUUACGAGAAUCAGCUCUCAUUCCUGAACACUUGGCUUAAUGAUCACAUACAAGAUGCACAGAACAUUCUGCACAAGCCAGUUCUCUUGGCUGAGUUUGGAAAAUCUACAAAGUACUCUGGCGCUGAUCAAAGGGACCAGCUUUUCAAUGCUGUUUACUCGGCGGUGUAUUCAUCUGCUCGGGGUGGUGGUGCAGCCGUUGGUGGACUAUUCUGGCAACUUCUAGUUGAAGGGAUGGAUUCUUUUCGAGAUGGAUAUGAAGUGGUACUUAGUGAGAACCCUUCAACUGCUAAUUUGAUUUCUCAGGAGUCUAGAAGGCUCAUUCACAUCAGAAAGAUGUAUGCCAAACUCAGAAACAUUGAGAAGUGGAAGAGAGCAAGGGAGAUAAGAAAGGCACAGUGGGAGGCCUUAAAGGGAGGCAAGAACAGUCCUGGAAACUAAGUAAAAACAGAGCUGAAAAUAGAAAUGCUAAGCAAAUAUUGACAACUUAAUAUAACUUGUGAGUUUAAGAGAAAGUGACGCCCUCACAGAGAUGAGAUUUGCUCGUCCAAAAGCUGAUGUUAAACGGCUUUGAAUAUUGUCAUCUCUUAUGAUAUAUGGAUUGAAAUCAAAAGUUGUUAUUUUCAUGA